GAAGGAUCAAAGAAAGAAGCUAUGGCUUCCAAUUUCUGGACUUCGACGCACUACAAAGAGCUUAAGGACCCAGAAGAGGUUAAUGUUGUCCAUCCUCUUGAUGCUCAGAGAGGAAUCUCUGUUGAAGAUUUCAGACUCAUUAAGCUUCACAUGUCUAAUUAUAUAUCGAAACUGGCACAACACAUUAAGAUUAGGCAAAGAGUUAUUGCAACUGCAGUAACGUAUAUGCGUCGUGUUUACACAAGAAAGAGUUUGACGGAAUACGAGCCUCGGCUUGUUGCUCCUACCUGCUUGUAUUUGGCUUGCAAAGCAGAAGAGAGUGUGGUGCAUGCCAAACUUCUUGUCUUCUACAUGAAAAAACUUUAUGCUGAUGAAAAGUUUAGAUAUGAGAUUAAAGAUAUUCUGGAAAUGGAGAUGAAGGUCUUGGAAGCAUUGAACUUCUAUCUUGUUGUAUUCCACCCAUACCGAUCUCUGCCUGAGUUCUUGCAGGAUUCUGGAAUCAAUGACACAAGUAUGACUCAUUUAACUUGGGGUCUUGUCAACGACACAUACAGAAUGGACCUCAUCCUUAUACAUCCGCCGUUUCUCAUCACACUCGCUUGCAUUUACAUUGCUUCUGUACACAAAGAGAAAGACAUAAGGACAUGGUUUGAAGAGCUUUCUGUCGACAUGAACAUUGUGAAGAAUAUUGCAAUGGAGAUAUUGGAUUUCUAUGAAAACCAUAGACUGUUCACAGAGGAGAGAGUUCACGCCGCCUUCAACAAACUUGCUACAAACCCGUAAAGUUUCGACUUGUCUGUGUGUUAUGUUCCCCUGAGAAAAUAUAUUGUUUUGCCAGAAGUUUUGGGAAUGAGAUUAUUCUGUUUAUUGUACAUCAGUUUUGCUCGUCUUGGUUCAACCAUGUCUAUAACUGUUUUAAAGAAUCUGACAAGAUUUGAGGUACAAAACACAAAUCUUUUAACUGUGUUCAACAAAAAAUAUCCAAUUUU